GUGUCCGCGCCGCUACUCAGCCCAGUGCACAACGCCCCGAUACUGCUAGCAAGUGCUAGUGCAGGCGCCGUCCGUUGCGUUCGUUGCGCGCUCGCCGCCGGCGAUGGAGCCCCGAUGCUUCGUGCUGGUCCUGGCCCUCGCCGCCGCGCUCUCCGUCGCAGUGGCUUACGACCCGUUGGACCCGAACGGGAACAUUACCAUCAAAUGGGACAUCAUGUCGUGGACGCCUGACGGCUAUGUCGCGGUGGUGACCAUCAACAACUUCCAGAUGUACCGGCAGAUCAUGGCGCCGGGGUGGACGGUGGGGUGGACGUGGGCGAAGCGUGAGGUGAUCUGGUCCAUGGUGGGCGCGCAGGCGACGGAGCAGGGCGACUGCUCCCGCUUCAAGGCCAACAUCCCGCACUGCUGCAAGCGCACGCCCACCGUCGUCGACCUGCUCCCCGGCGUGCCCUACAACCAGCAGAUCGCCAACUGCUGCCGCGGCGGCGUCAUCAGCGCCUACGGCCAGGACCCGGCCUCCGCCGUCGCCGCGUUCCAGGUCAGCGUCGGCCAGGCCGGCACCACCAACCGCACCGUCAAGGUUCCCAAGAACUUCACGCUGCUUGGGCCAGGGCCAGGGUACACCUGCGGCCCCGGCAAGAUUGUUCCCUCCACCGUCUUCCUCACGCCCGACCGCCGGCGCAAGACACAAGCCCUCAUGACGUGGAACGUGACGUGCACCUACUCGCAGCACCUGGCGUCCAAGUACCCGUCCUGCUGCGUCUCCUUCUCCUCCUUCUACAACGACACCAUCGUGCCCUGCGCCAAGUGCGCCUGCGGCUGCGAGCACAAGACCUGCGUCCAGGGCGACUCGAAGCGGCUGGCGGUGACGGGGAAGCACGAGCACGCGCACGCGGCGGCGGCGCGCGGGCACAGGGACAAGGAGGCGCCGCUGCUGCAGUGCACGACGCACAUGUGCCCCGUGCGCGUGCACUGGCACGUCAAGCUCAACUACAAGGAGUACUGGCGGGCCAAGAUCGCCAUCACCAACUUCAACUACCACAUGAACUACACGCAGUGGACGCUCGUCGCGCAGCACCCCAACCUCGACAACAUCACCGAGGUCUUCAGCUUCGACUACAAGCCUGUCGUCGCCUACGGAUCCAUCAAUGACACGGCGAUGUUCUACGGGCUCAAGUACUUCAACGACCACCUGAUGCAGGCGGGGCCGUACGGGAACGUGCAGUCGGAGGUGCUGAUGCGCAAGGACGCCAGCACCUUCACCUUCAGGCAGGGCUGGGCGUUCCCGCGCAAGGUCUACUUCAACGGCGACGAGUGCCAGAUGCCGCCGCCGGACGAGUAUCCCUACUUGCCCAACUCAGCCCUGCCGGCAGCCGCGGCGUCGUCGUCGCUGGGCGCUGCGGUAGCGGCCGUCGUGGUGCUCUUGGUGAUGAUCGUGGCAUGAGAGAAACACCGGAGAUCGAUCAGAGCCUAAUGCUAGAACCGGCAGAGAGAGAUGGAAAAAGACGUUGGUUUGAUUUGUAGAUAGAGACCUCGGUAUGGGUUUCAGGAAUGGUUUGGAUGCUUUUCUUCCAUAGAUGGGCAAAGCCAUGAGCAUGAUUUUGGACGGGCCGGACAUGUGCAUUUCUCGUCAGAUAACUCAAGUGUCAAGUCAUACAGCGUGUACAAUGCCUCUAUAUGCUUGUUACAUCUAGGGAUGCAAGUUAGGUUGUCGACGAACCAAAAAUAGACUUAAUUUUUAUAGAUGAUCCACCAACCACUGAGGUUCUAUAUCGAAAUAUCGAAUCAUACGGAGAUAUUAUCA